UGCCAUGGGAGGAGAGCUAUACCUGGGAUAGCUGAGCCCAGGUCGGGGGGUCUUAGGGCGCCCGGGACCCCAGCCCCUAGCUCGAAGGGGGCAGGUGCCGGCUGCUGCUCUCUCUGUGCUGAAGGAUGUGGGGGAUGGUCACCACAGAUGUCCAGGUCGAGGUGCUCCGGUAGGCACCCUGGCCCCGGCCCCUGGCACUGCCCCCAGAGGUGCCUGGCCCUUUAAAAGCCGGAGCUGGCCAGGGUGCACGUGAGCCCGAGCGUGAGCGGCGUGUGAGGCUGGCUGGGAAGACGCUGGCAGUGGGGAGGGGGGGAUUGAAAGGAAGCCAGGUGGUCCCAGGGGACAGAAGUGGCAGUUGCUGACGCCUGGAAAUUCCCCUGAAGGUGGAGCACCACCCAACCCCCCUGGGUCCCACCCUCCCUCAAGGCCUCCUCCACCUCCACCUCCACCCCGCUUGGCCUGGCGUCCACCUCUUCGGCUCCUACCUGGGCGCAAUCGAGUUAAAUGGCUGAUAAGCAGAUCAGCCUGCCAGCCAAGCUCAUCAAUGGCGGCAUCGCCGGGCUGAUCGGUGUCACCUGCGUGUUCCCCAUCGACCUGGCCAAGACCAGGCUGCAGAACCAGCAGAAUGGCCAGCGCAUGUACAAGAGCAUGUCCGACUGCCUCAUCAAGACCAUCCGCUCCGAGGGCUACUUCGGCAUGUACCGGGGAGCUGCUGUGAACUUGACCCUCGUCACCCCCGAGAAGGCCAUCAAGCUGGCAGCCAACGACUUCUUCCGACAUCAGCUCUCUAAGGACGGGCAGAAGCUGACCCUGCUUAAAGAGAUGCUGGCGGGCUGUGGGGCUGGCACCUGCCAGGUGAUUGUGACCACGCCCAUGGAGAUGCUGAAGAUCCAGCUGCAGGAUGCAGGACGCAUUGCCGCCCAGAGGAAGAUCCUGGCUGCCCAGGGCCAGCUCUCGGCCCAGGGGGGUGCCCAGCCCUCAGUGGAGGCUCCAGGUGCCCCUCGGCCCACGGCCACCCAGCUGACCCGUGACCUGCUGCGGAGCCGCGGCAUUGCCGGUCUCUACAAGGGACUCGGGGCCACGCUGCUCAGGGAUGUACCCUUCUCUGUGGUGUACUUCCCGCUCUUUGCCAACCUGAACCAGCUGGGCCGCCCGGCGUCCGAGGAGAAGUCGCCUUUCUACGUGUCCUUCCUGGCCGGCUGUGUGGCUGGGAGUGCCGCCGCUGUGGCCGUCAACCCCUGUGAUGUGGUGAAGACGCGGCUCCAGUCACUUCAGCGAGGCGUCAACGAGGACACCUACUCUGGGAUCCUGGACUGUGCCAGGAAGAUCCUGCGGCACGAGGGCCCCUCGGCCUUCCUGAAGGGCGCCUACUGCCGCGCACUGGUCAUCGCGCCCCUUUUCGGCAUCGCACAGGUGGUCUACUUCCUGGGCAUCGCGGAGUCCCUGCUGGGGCUGCUGCAGGACCCCCAGGCCUGAGCCCAGCACCUGCUCCACCCCAGCCAGCCGGGCAGGGCCGGCGUGGGGCUGGAGCCAGGCAGCUAGCCCAGGACGGAGCAAGGGAAGACCCCUCCCCAGCCCUCCCGUCGGCGGGGGCAGCAGGGGGCGGGGUGCAGGGUCCACAUAGGUGGUACACAGGCAAGCCCCCCGGGGUGCUGCCUGCACCGUUGGGAUCAAUGUCUUAUUUAUGUAGAAAAUGCAGAAAUCUUUACAUUCCUCAAGCUAGCCCCUGCCCCAAUCCUGCCCUGGCCUGAACACCCCCAGGGACAGAGCUGGUCUCUGGGCUGGGGGCCCCCGGGCCUGGGCCGGGCAGGCUGGACCAUACCCCCAGUCCACCGGCUCCAGUCUCCACAGCCAUCCUGGCCCACACAGGGACCCUGCACAAACCUAUUUAUUGAAUCUGCUGGACCCAAGCGGCUCUCCAGCCCUUCCGUCCUUCCCCAGCCGCUCUUGUCGCCUUGGCAGGACUUGACUCUGCCUCCCUGGCCAGCCUUGCAAGAGGACUGGGGUCUCCUGCCCUCUCUGUUGAGCCAGGAAUCCCAAGUGAGGGGUUGCCCUGGGGUCUGACUCUCAGGGCAAGCCCGCCACCCACUGUGGGACUUUCUGGUGGGCUCCUCAGCUCCCACCCCAGGCUGGGGCCCAGAUUGUGAGGUCUGUGUGCGUGUGUGUGUAUGUGUGUGUGUGCAUGCGUGUGUGUGUUGUGGGGAUCUGGCCUGGCCCUUGGGGAUGGGGCUGCCGGGGACUGCCCCCCUUCCCGCCGUGGCCAGGCGCUCUGUGUGCUGUGUGCCCCAGGCUCUGUUGACCCCGUCCAGGAACUUAGUUACCCAGCCUGGCCUCUCCUGAGUCCUCUACCCUGGCCUGGGAUUGGCCAGGGAGCAGGGCGGGCAUUGGGACCAGUGUGGAGCCUGAGGGUGCCUGCCCUGCUCUGGAGGGAGGGCCAGGAGCUGCCGCACCCCCAAAUCCUCUCAGGGCCCACCCUCCUUUUUCAGCCUCUGCAUAAGGCCCCUGGGUACACUGCAGAAGCCCCGUCCUUCCCGCCUCUGGGCAUAAGGCCCCAGACCACACUUCAGAAGCCCCAUCCCCCCUGCCUCCGGGCGAUCCCUGCUGUGAGCCGAAGCUCUCCCUGCCCCGCCCUGGCCAUGUGAUCGUGUUGGUGACAGACCCUGAUGUGCUGGUGCUGUGUCCCCAAAACCGGGGCCCUCCACAGAGGCCCCUUCCCAGCGACACUACCUGGGGCUCAGGCCUGGACCCCCCCAGUUCACAGUUGCUCCUGGGAGCUGCCCCUCCCGUCACAUCAGAACCUUGGAAGCUGCUGCUGCUGCUUACAGAAUUAUAUUUUUUUCUUUUGAAGAGUUUUAAGAAGUUGUAACUUUGUGUCUUGUCAUGUCAGAGGAUAAAUAAAUAUUCUAAGUAGA